UUCUCUAAAGUCCCGGGAAUGAACAAUGGAGAAGGGUAUUAAAUAAGGAAGUGCUUACCCGAUAAACUGGAGGCCCGAAGUCCCUGGAAAUUUAACAGCCCCCUGUUUCUCCACCGCCUCAUUCUGCUUAUUAAAACUCAUCUCAACAGAUGGUAAAUAGUUAACGCGGGUACGAUCUGGUCUGGUUGUAAGGAAAUAUGAGAAAUUUAAGCGCUGUGCAGAGACUUUAUGAGACGUGUAUGGAGAUCCUGUCUCCUGACGAAGUUGUGCCUCCUCCCUCACAAAUUGAAAGAUUGAAGGCGGUUCUUGAUGCAAUAAAACCUAUAGAUGUUGGGUUUGAUGAAAAUGAAAUACUGAGAGCAGAUGAUGAAGCAGAGAAGCAGACUUGCACUUAUAUGGGCACACUCAAGAGACGAAGACUGACUAGCAAUACAGCAGUUGCAACCUCCCCACAAUCUCUUCGUUCUCCGCGUGUCACAUACGUGCACCUUCAUGAAUGUGACAGUUUCUCGAUGGGAAUAUUUUGUCUGCCAAAAUCAGCAGUAAUUCCAUUGCAUGAUCACCCUGGAAUGACGGUGUUUAGCAAAGUUUUAUAUGGCUCAAUGCACGUCUCAGCUUAUGAUUGGUAUGACCAACAUAAAGACACUCAGCAUUUUGGUGGAAUGAAGUUAGCCAAGCCGAAGGUGGACACUAUUUAUAAUGAAUCUAGCGGGAGCACUGUGUUAUAUCCAGCAAGAGCAGGGAAUAUACAUUGUUUCACAGCUCUAACAUCAUGCGCAGUUUUGGAUAUACUGUCCCCACCUUAUGCAGAUGGGGAUCCCUCCUACUAUAGACUCCAUCCUUAUUCGGGCCUUCCUCUCAAAAGGAAAGAACAGAAAGAGUAUGAGGAUUGUGUGUGGUUGGAGGAGAUAGAAAGACCACGCAGUUUCAAGGUGAAUGGGCAAGCAUACAGGGGCCCCAUAAUCGAAACUAUUUGACAUCUAGUGCUACUUCAAUUGUAUUAUGUAUGCCAAUUUGGUGUGAAAUGAAAAUCAUGUACAUAUUUGAGGAGCAUUGUUGAUGGUGAUUGAUUUGAUCUUAUAUACCCCAUGAAUUAAAGAAGUCUGUAAUGCGUAUACACUAAUAGAUUUUAUAAAUAACA